GUCGCAUCAUGUUGUUCGUUGUUGCAUUUCUCAUCCUGUUGUUAAUGUAAUGUACUAUGUAUAUGGUGCAGAUGGCUUCAUGGAAUUGGAAACGCAUUUACAGAUAUGUUUGUGUCUGGCGUGCGAUUACUGGGGUGGAGUUAGACCUGGUGCCACUGGAAUGGAACACUAUGAAUCUAAGAUGAUAUACCCAAUUUCAUUCAGUCCAAUGAACCUUGUGAUGCUUUUAACAGCAUUGCGAAAAAUGGUGUUGGUCUUGUGAAUCCCGAGAAAAUUUUGAACUUCUACAAUGAACUCCACUCGUAUCUUGCAUCUGCUGGUAUCGAAUGGAGUUAGAGUAGAUGUUCAGAAUAUCCUUGAGACACUAGGAGCAGGACAUGUUGGAAGAGUUAAACUAUCCAGGAGGUACCAUCAGGCAUUAGAGGCUUCAAUCUCUGGAAACUUCCGUGACAAAUUGCUGUAAGUGAAAUUGUAAAUGGUUUGUCAGCACUCGCAAGACAAAUUGCUGUAAGUCUUCUUACAUUGAUAUUUCACUACUAAUACUAGUCAAUUGAUAAGACCAGAACUGAACAUUUUACCUCAAGUUCACUUCAUUGUUAUAGGUAGGAACUAGGAGUCCCCCCGUUAUAGCAGGUUGGGCUCUUUAUAUAUGCAAGAGAUGGUUACUGUACUGUAUUUUAAUAUGUAAUCUGGGCACUUGAUUGAGGAAAUGCAAUGUCAAAUUGUAUUUAUCUGAGUAAUUUCUAUCAAGGAAAGAAUACAUGACCAGGGUGUAUUUCGUGUAUCGCGACUUUGCUUUUACCCCCAUAAUAGUUUGGUUAAUGUCUAUAAAGAACAUCAUACAAAAACUAAGCUUAGAGCCUUAUCUGAUUUUUGAACAGGAUGCACAUUAGCAGCAUUUCGUUUGCCCGUGGGACAGCCUCCAUGACAACUCAGCCUCUACCAUCCCUGGUAUGUGCAGGGCAAUAUAUGCUGUCUGGAACUAUUCCUUCAGGCCUUCUUCUAGAAAAGAAGUUGGCUUUUUAACUACUCUGGAAACCCCGAUCUCGACAAAGAAGGAAGUAAACGCUACAGCACGAGCAUUAUUGUUCUGCUUUUAGCUGUUGUGAUCCUUUUUGUACUCUGUAGGAAAAGAAAAGGAAAAAGCACUUCCAGAGAGAAAGGCCUAAAACUGAACCUUCUGCAACUUCUUUUAACAGCAGCUUCCAUCCCCGGACUAGCCGGUGUAACUUGUGUGUAAGAAAAGAAAAGUUUGUCACAUGUGGAUACUAUUCUUGUACCUGUCAGUCAAGUUAGUUAGUCUUAUAAAGUUCUUGUUGUUAUAAUCAUUGUUGCGUCCUUCUUUUAAUCAAAAGAGAUUAAAAGGUCCUAUUCACAUAUCCUUUAAUCCAGACAGAAAGUUAAAGAAAAAGAAAGACUGUUCUUCAUUUCUCGUUCUCUAGCAAAGAAAGUGAAACUGAAAAUGAAAAAGCCUUACUUAUUGAUUAUGAUAUCAAUCUCUUCUCUUCUUUGCAUACACUGAAAAAACAAACAAGAUCAGGCACGCGAACGCGGGCAAGAGAAUGAAAAAGCUUUACUUAUUGAUUAUGAUGAUAUCAAUAUGUUCUCUUCUUUGCAUGAUCUACUCUAGUAACGCUCAACUGUCAGGUUUUGUGAGCUUAAAUUGUGGUGGAGAAGAGGAUUCCACUGACAUCAUAGGACUUGAAUGGAAAUCCGACAACCAAUUUCCAUUUGGUGAGCGGGCAACAAUUUCAGUUCCGAAUGAGUUACGGAAACAAUACAUGUCAGUGAGAUACUUCCCGGCAGAUGCAAGAAAGUAUUGUUAUACGCUUAAUGUGAAAAGAAAAACUCGGUAUCUUAUAAGAACAACCUUCUUAUAUGGGAAUUUUGAUAAUGGUAAUGUGUAUCCAACGUUUGAUAUUUCACUUGGGGCGACUCAUUGGUCGACGAUUGUCAUUUCAGAUGCUAAUACUAUAGAGGUUAGAGAGCUGAUUAUUUUGGCUAAUUCACCUACAAUUAGUGUGUGUUUGUCUAAUGCUACAACUGGGCAACCAUUUAUCUCUACUAUUGAGCUCCGGCAAUUUAAUGGUGCCAUUUAUUAUACUCAUGGACAAGAAAAUGAAUUCUUUCUUUCCGUGUCUGCAAGAAUUAACUUCGGUGCACUCACUCAAGAUCCAAUCAGGUAUCCGGAUGACCCUUUUGAUAGAUUAUGGGAGUCAGACUCUCUGCAGAAACCAAAUUACCUUAUUAAUGUUGCUCCCGGAACUAAGAAAGUAUCUACUAAUACGCCUAUCAACGUUGAUAGAGAUGAAAGACCUCCUGAGAAAGUGAUGCAGACGGCUGUAGUUGGCACAACUGGGUCGUUAACUUACCGGUUGAACUUGGAUGGUUUCCCAGGCUUUGGAUGGGCAGUCUUUUACUUUGCUGAAAUCGAAGAUUUGAGUCCAAAGGAUACCAGGAAGUUUAGCUUAGUAAUCCCAGGCAUGCCUGGCGUCAGCAAAACAACGAUUGACAUCCAAGAAAAUGCCAAAGGGAAGUUUCAGUUGUAUGAAAAAGAAUUUACCAACAUUUCACUCCCUUUGGUAUUCAAUUUCAAAUUUGGAAAAGCUUCUGGUUCGACUAGAGGACCUCUCUUGAAUGCUAUGGAGAUAAACAAACACUUGAAAAUAAACCCCGGUUCAAUAGAUGCAACCGUUAUGGCUAGUUUAGCUUCACAUCACUCGUCAGCUGAUUGGGCGAAAGAAGGUGGUGAUCCAUGCUUGCCUGUUCCAUGGUCAUGGGUGCAAUGCAACUCUGACCCCCAACCGAAGAUUAUCUCAAUUACUUUGUCUAAGAAAAAUUUGACAGGAAACAUCCCGUUGGAGCUCACAAAGUUGCAAGGAUUAGUUGAGCUAUGGCUUGAUGGAAACUCACUUACCGGUCGAAUACCCGAUUUCACUGCAUGUACAGAUUUGAGGAUCAUCCAUCUGGAGAACAACCUCUUGACUGGAGAGAUCCCUUCAUCUCUGACGAACCUGCCAAAAUUGGAAGAAUUGUACUUGCAGGGAAAUAUGUUGUCUGGAACUAUUCCUUCAGACCUUCUCGAAAACCAGAAAUUGGUUUUUAACUACUCUGGAAACCACGAUCUUAACAAAGAAGGAAGCAACUGGCACGGCUUAAGCAUUGUUAUUGGUGUAUCAGUUGGGGUCGCUCUUCUGCUUUUAGCUGUUGUGAUCAUUUCCUUACUCCGUAUGAAAAGUAAAGGGAAAAGCACACCCAGAGAGAAUAUGGGCCUUGAUCAAGGCACGCCUCACUCUCAGCAUGUCCAUCAAGACGAACCAAGGAGGAGUAGGGGUUCUGCAUCUAGGGGUGCUCCACAUAUUGUUGGUAAGGUGGAGUCAUCUAAUGAUGAAGUAGAUGUUCCUCGCCAAGCUCGGGACCAAGGUGCUCCACGUACUCGUGAACAAAGUAAAAGAGCUCGAGCAGGAAAGACCCGUGAUAGAGGUCGUGGAAAUAUAAAAGCGCUCGAGCAGGAAAGACCCGUGCAUCUCUAUCAAGAUGAACCAAGAAUUUCCGAGAGGAAUAGGGGUUCUUCAUCUAGGGACACUCCGCCUUCAUCUAGGGAAACUCUGUCUAUUGCUAAUGAGGUGGAGUCAUUUACCGAUGAAGAGGAUGUUCUCGGCCAAGGUCGGGGUGUUCGCGGUACUCGUCAACAAAGUAAAGAGCUCGAGCAGAAAAGACUCAUGUAGAGGUGUGGCUAACUAAUGACGAAUGAAUGAAUUUUCUUGACUUUGUAGUGGUGUUUCAUUAUGGAUCUUACGCACAUUGAAUUUGUUUUAAGUUAUGAAUCUGUCGUAAUGUAACUUGGUUAUGAAUUUUUAGCAUAGAUAUGGAUUUUUAGCACAAUUUUUUGUUUUAAAUGAUAAAUAUUAACUAGACGUGAA